AUGGAAUCUAAUGGAUUAGUUUCAUCGACGGAUAAAAUCGGCGGCGUAAGUAACUUGGAGAAGUUUUUGUGCGAGCGAUUGGUGGAUCAGUCGCAGCCGAUCUCGGAGCGAUUUAGAGCUCUCUUCUCUCUUCGAAAUUUGAAAGGCCCAGGACCUCGCAACGCUCUGAUUCUCGCGUCCAGAGACUCAUCUAAUUUGUUAGCACAUGAAGCUGCAUUUGCAUUGGGUCAGAUGCAAGAUGCUGAAGCAAUUCCUGCUCUAGAGUCAGUUCUUAAUGAUAUGUCUUUGCAUCCAAUAGCAGCAGAAGCUCUCGGGGCCAUUGGUUUAGCGGGUAAUGCUGAUAUUUUAAAGAAAAGCCUGAUCAUGGAUCCGGCUCAGGAGGUUCGGGAAACAUGUGAAUUAGCUCUCAAAAGGAUUGAAGAGUUGAGCAAUGUUGAUGCCGAGAACCAGUCAUCCACGACAGAGAAAUCGCCUUUCAUGUCUGUUGACCCAGCUGCUCCAGCCGCUGCUUUCACUUCUGUCCAUAACUUGAGGCAAAUUCUUCUGGAUGAAACAAAAGGCAUGUAUGAGAGAUAUGCUGCACUUUUCGCUCUGAGGAAUCAUGGUGGAGAGGAAGCUGUUUCUGCCAUAGUUGAUUCUUUGAGUGCUAAUAGUGCCCUUCUACGUCACGAGGUAGCUUAUGUCUUGGGCCAAUUGCAAAACAAAGCUGCUUUAGCUACUCUAAGCAAAAUACUGAGAGAUGUGAACGAGCACCCGAUGGUUAGACAUGAGGCUGCAGAAGCACUUGGUUCUAUUGCAGAUGAGCAGAGCAUUGCAUUGCUACAAGAAUUCUCAAGGGACCCUGAGCCAAUUGUAUCACAAAGCUGUGAAGUUGCAUUGAGUAUGUUAGAAUUUGAAAAUUCCGGAAAAUCUUUCGAGUUCUUUUUCACUCAAGACCCGCUUGUCCACUAA